AACCCCACAAUCACUCUCUCGAUCAGUACAGUGUCACAAGAUGCUUUCAAGGCUAGCUUCUGUACAAUUGAAGUUUGCACCGGAGUUUGUGUUUACCAGCAGGUUUCUGAAGCGAUUUAAGUGUGGUGCCGUAGCUGGAAAGAGCAGCAGUUUGAACCCAGUUACUCGUCAGCUAUCCACCUCAGUCGCUAGAAAUCAAGACAUGUCUAAUAUUACUCCUGCCAAGCGACUUGAUGGCCUCGACAACAAUAUAUGGGUAGAGUACUCUGCCCUGGCUGUGCAAACCAAAGCCAUCAACCUUGGUCAGGGUUUCCCUGACUACUCUCCACCCAAGUUUGUGAUGGAUGCUCUCUCUGAGGCCAGCCAACAGCCCAUGCUACAGCAGUACACCAGAGGUCCAGGUCAUCCCCGACUGGUGAAGGCACUAGCCAAUAUUUAUGGUCCUAUCUACGGCAAGGAAAUUGACCCCAUGACUGAGGUACUUAUCUCUUGCGGUGCAUACUCCAGCCUCUCCUUUGCUAUACAAGGAUUCCUACAAGAGGGGGAUGAGGUGAUUCUUAUUGAGCCGUUUUUCGAUUGCUACUAUCCCAUGGCCAAGCAAAAUGGAGCCACAGUGAAGUACGUCCCUCUCAGGCCAAGAGGUAAGUACCCCGGCAUGUCCAAGGACUGGGCAGUGGACAUACAAGAGUUGGAGGCGGCAGUCAGCAAGAACACCAAGAUGCUCGUGAUCAACACCCCCAACAACCCGUUUGGAAAGGUAUUUUCUCGUGAGGAGCUUGAAGAGUUGGCUGAUGUGUGCCGACGUCAUGACCUGCUCUGUGUCAGUGACGAGGUCUAUGAGUGGCUGGUCUACCCAGGUAGUCAGCACAUCAAAAUAGCCACCCUCCCUGGAAUGUGGGAGAGGACUAUCACCAUUGGCAGUGCUGGAAAGACCUUCCACGCCACGGGAUGGAAGACCGGGUGGUCUAUCGGACCUGCCAACCUCCUCAAACCAAUGUCCGUCUGUCAGAACAACACCGCCUACACAAUGGUGACCCCUAUCCAAGAGGCUCUGGCAGUUGGUUUGGAACAUGAGCUCAAGUGCUUCGGAGAGCCAGACAGCUUCUUCUCACAGACUGUUCAGAAUCUAAUGAGGAAGAGAGACGAAGUUGUGGCAGUACUCAGGGAAACAGGGCUCAGCCCAAUUGUGCCUGAGGGAGGAUAUUUCGUAAUGGCGGACAUCACCUCCAUUGGUAAGAAGUUUGAGGGCGGGGCGGAGUCCUACGACUUCCAGUUCACAAAGUGGAUGAUGAGAGAGAAGGGAAUAGCGUCUAUUCCCCCGAGUGCAUUCUACGGUCCCGAUCAUAAGGACAUGGGAGCAAACCUUGUCAGAUUUUGCUUCUGUAAACAAGAUGAGACCCUGCAAGCUGCCUACAAAGUCUUGAGGCAAUGGGCUGAAGAGAGGAGGCAGGAAAAUUGAACAGAAAGACUUCCAUUAUAAUAGUUUUUAGUGUGGGACACUCAGUUCUGUUUUUAUGAUACAAUGUACAUGUACAUGUAGAUGUAAUCUCUGAUUAAG